UGCCCUCCCGUCCUCUGAACCGAAGCCAAGUGAAGUGCAGCUCUCCUCCGUUCACAUAUCUUCCUUGGGUGGUGGUGAAAGAAGGGCCCCGUCCGUCCAUCGAUCCCCUAGAAAAGAGCAAACCAAAGCCCCGAACAGGCAAAAGAAACGCCACGCUAGGGGGUAGCGCCCAGCACCAAACGGAAAGGAAGGAAGGAAUCCUCCUCCCUCUUUCUUCCUUCCAUCUGCACUCUCUCUGCCCUCGCCACCAACUCCUCUUCUUCCCUACCACGCUGACGCAGCAGCAGCACUCCUCGCUCGCUCGCCCUCUCUCUCUACAUAGCAGGCGUACCGAAAAUAACUCUGGUACUCUGGUGGCGGAGUGGUAAAACCUAAAGCGAGCGAGUGAGUGAACAGUGCAGGCGGCAGCGGCAGGGGUGGGGGUGGAGGUGGAGGUGGAGGUGAGGUGGUUCCCUCUCCGCCUGCCCGUCUCGGCAAUUAUUGCCACCUUUGGAGUUUGGAGUCCUCCAAUAGGAGUCUCCUCCAGUGUUGUCUGCAACCACUAUCCCUCCCCCCCUCUCCCUUUGCCCAUGUCCCCAACUUCCUCUCAUCGGGGUUGGUGCUGCUGCUGAGGCUACCUCUCCUCUUCACUCACUCGCCACUGUUCUCUUCCUUCUCCGCCCAUCCAUCCGUCCUCCGUCCUCGCUUUAAAGCUUAAACCGCCCCGGCAAGCAAGCUAGCAGCAGCAGCUCACUUCCUCCUCUCCUCUCCCUGGUGGUGGUGGUGGUGGGUGGCCUGGCUACUGGGUGCUUAAUUGCAUGCUCCUGCUUUGAUCUCUCCGUCCGUCCCGCUACCCGCAUCCAUCGAUCGAUCUCACUUUUCCCCGUCCUCCCAAGCUCUUGCUUCCAAUCAACUCCUCUUGCUGGUGCGUUGCUUACUGUACUCUCUCCCUCCUCUUCUUCUUGGGCGAGGAGAGCGGUGAGCGGUUCUUGUCCGGGUACCACCAGGAGAGCCUUUUUAAGCCCCACCAUUUCUUUGAUCGUCCGUCGGCGGCACAAGCAAGCUCCCCGGGCCGGGCCGUGCACGCGAGGAAUUCUCUGAAUACAGAGAUACGUGCGUGCGUGCGUACGUGUGUAUUUGGCAUGGAUUCUUGGGAGCCCAAGAUGCCUUCUUGGGACCUCGGCACGGUGGUCGCGCCCAGCAGCGGAGGAGGAGGCGGCGGCGGCGCGCUGGACCUGAAGCUCGGCGCGCCGACGAGCUGGAGGCCGGUCCCGGCGGGGGCGGCCGCUGCGGUGGUAUCGGUGCAGCAGCAGCAGCCGCCUUCCGCGGCGCCGGCGAAGCGGGCCCGGGCGGGGCAGGGGCAGCAGACGGUGCCGCCGUGCUCCGUGGAGGGGUGCACGGCCGACCUGUCCCGCUGCCGCGAGUACCACCGCCGGCACAAGGUCUGCGAGGCGCACUCCAAGACGCCCGUCGUCGCCGUCGCCGGCCAGCAGCAGCGCUUCUGCCAGCAGUGCAGCAGGUUCCAUUUGCUCGGGGAGUUCGACGAGGUGAAGAGGAGCUGCAGGAAGCGCCUCGACGGCCACAACCGCCGCCGCCGGAAGCCGCAGCGGGAUCCCCUCAACCCUGCCGGCUUGUUCGCUAAUCACCAUGGAGUGACAAGAUUCGCGUCGUACCCGCAAAUCUUCUCCCCGACGUCCAUGGCGGAGCCCAAGUGGCCCGGCGGCAUCGCCGUGAAGACGGAGGCCGACGCGUUCCACGAGCAGUACUACUCCUUCAGCGGCGCCGCCUCCCUCUUCCACCACGGCAAGCCGGAGAGGAAGCACUUCCCCUUCCUGACGGACGGCGGCGGCGAGGCCACGUUCGGCUGCCAGCCGCCGGCGUUCACCAUCACGCCUUCCUCGGAGAGCAGCAGCAACAGCAGCCGGCACAGCAACGGCAAGACCACCAUGUUCGCCCACGACGGGGGCCCGGACCACAACUGUGCUCUCUCUCUUCUGUCAGACAACCCGGCGUCGGCGCACAUCAUGGUCCCCGCGGAGGCGCAUCAUCUCGGCGGCGGCGGCGUGACGAUACAGUACGGCGGUGGCGGCGGCGGCGGCGGUAAGGUGGCGCGGCUGUCCAGCAACGGCGACGUCUCGCUCACCGGGCUGUCUUACGUGAGCCUGGGAGACAAGGGCGCGCCCAUGUUGCACGCGUCUAACAGAUCGCAGCACGCCGCUGCUACCGCUGCCACUGCCGUUGCUACCAGCACAGCGGCGGCUCCGGCGGCAUCCCAGCUCCAGCAGCAGUACCAUGGAUACUACCACCACCAACACCAAGUGAGCGCUGAUCAGGGGAGCCACCCGGAUGCAGGUGGGAUGCAUGCCCUACCCUUCUCGUCAUGGUAGUUGUCUCAUCAGUCAGACUCAGAUCCUAGGCUGUUGGUGUUGGUUAUCAAUCAUCAAAUGUGUCACCUGAUAGUGUUAGCCCUGAUGAUCCUCAAGAAAUCACCCAAGAUAUGUCCAUUUUGCAACUUCUCUUGAUACUCCUAACUUAUGGAAAAUCACCAUCUACUUAUGAUUCAGAAUUGGGUUACGAUGAUUCUA